UUCCAUCUCACAAAAUCGAAAGUAGGAUAGAACAAGUAUAAGUAGAUGUCUGGGGUAAUCAAGGACACGGCUCAUCGUCUCUAAAGUAUUGCUAAAAUUGAGUGCUCUGAAGACUCCCAUUUUCAUAUAAAGGCAUUUGACUACAAUCAAGUUUCAACAUGCCGAAAACUUCUGUGCUCAAAAUAAGUCAGGAGAAUAAAGUGAAGGUUGAAAACUAUCGCCAGUCUCUGUAUCGACAGGCCGAACAGCUGUUUUCAAACCACAUCCCUGUGAAGAUAGCACAGCUGGACAACAUGCUCCAGGAAGAAGAGUUCUCUAUCACAGACCUGUCCACGCUCCAUGCUCCCUUGGAAAUCCCCAUCCCUGAUCCCCCAGUACCAGAGGAGGAGGAGAUGGAGACAGACAAGGAAGAUGAAAAGAAGAAGAAGAAAGCCCCAAAAUGUGGCUUCAUCAAGGGAAAUGAGAGGAUUGUGAAGCUGCUGGACAUAGUGAAGCCAGAGAUUGUUACACUCAAGGAAACCUGCAUCACAGUAUCCUGCUGGAUUCAGCACCUUAUUCCUAAAAUUGAAGAUGGAAACGACUUUGGAGUCGCCAUUCAAGAAAAAAUCCUGGAACGAAUAACCGCUAUCAAGACCAAAAUAGAGGGAUUCCAGACUAAUAUCAACAAAUACUUCUCCGAGAGGGGGGAUGCAGUUGCUAAAGCAUCCAAAGACACUCAUGUGAUGGACUAUCGCGCUUUGGUCCAUGAGAAGGAUGAAGCCGUAUACUCUGAGAUCAGAGUCAUAGUCCUGGACGUCCGCGGGUUCUACGCUGAAUUGUACGACAUCAUUAGCAAGAACCUGGAGAAAGUGACCAAUCCAAAGGGAGAAGAGAAACCCUCCAUGUACUAAUAACCCAUGACACACACACCUGUAAUGGGAUUAUGCAGCAAACACUUCCAGUGACCAAUACAAAUACAUGUACUGUUCUUACUCUUUUUCUUCAUUGCAGUCCAAUAAAUCAUCGUUUGCACAGCAAAAUCGAAAUUGUUAUCUCUGGCACUAUGACUUAGUUUUCAACUUGACA